GCCCGCGGGGCGGCGGCAGGAAGAUGCCUCGCGCCGGGCUAGGGCGCCAACGGCCGGAACGCGUCCCGGGCCACGCCGGGACCGCCUGAAAGCCGAGCCCGCGCCGACCGAGCCUGGGCCGGAUGGGCGCUGCGGACGGGGCCGCGGACCGCCGAGCGGCCGUCGCACUGGUUUUCUCUUGCCCCAGUGUGUGGACACCACCACACGCCCUCCAGACCAGCAACGGCUCUUGCGUGUAUGUUCCAGUGUUUCUUCUGUCAGAGAGUCGGACAGAGCCAUAGGUCCUCCAGUGCUGGCCCGGAGCUGAGGGACGAGCGCCCAGCAGACAUGGUGAAAAUGACCAAGUCCAAAACUUUCCAAGCUUAUCUGCCACACUGUCACAGAACUUACAGCUGCAUCCACUGCAGAGCCCAUCUGGCCAAUCAUGAUGAGCUCAUCUCCAAGUCCUUCCAGGGCAGUCAGGGGCGAGCCUACCUCUUCAACUCCGUGGUGAAUGUGGGCUGCGGCCCUGCUGAGGAGAGAGUCCUUCUGACCGGGCUGCAUGCAGUGGCCGACAUCUACUGUGAGAACUGCAAGACUACGCUCGGGUGGAAAUACGAACAUGCCUUUGAGAGCAGUCAGAAAUACAAAGAAGGAAAAUUUAUUAUUGAACUUGCCCACAUGAUCAAAGACAAUGGCUGGGAGUAGAGCGAAGCCCGCGUUCUGUCUGCAUACAUUUUAUCAACGCUAAGUGACGAAGACCUAGCUUCUGGUGACAAUACUUGUGGAACUUUGACCUCUCAGGCCAGCCCAGCUCAACACCUGAAGGCCUCUCUAGACUGUUCACUGGGUAAGGUGCCCCCAUCUGAGCCCCGUCGUGUUCACUGUUGUUUCUGGAAGUUCUCAUUCUUUUUCUAACUUCUCACAUUCUAGAGAAAGAAUUAAGCAACCACUGACUCACCUGCCUAGUUAAUAACUCCGCACGCCUUCAACAUAGUCUGGCUGGGUUUCCACCAAAGCCAGGCCCCUAAUGCACAGAAGCAGGGUCUCGUUCUGAAGAGUCUUCCAGAAGUAGCCAACAGACUUACAUGCAGAGCAUACGGCUUCAAAAACAGAAACCAGCCACUGGUGACAUCUUAGAGAAGCUAAGGAAGAAAGCAUUUAGUGAGGUUUAUUUAAGCUAAGAGCUACAUCCCUGUCUCCUUAUGGAGAAAGCAGGUGACUAGUGGCUAAGCAUUCUGUCCCAGGCCACUGAGGUGACACCCUCAGUGCCACAGCAGCUUGUAUGUGGGGCUGGUCCCUGUCAGAACAGCAGCUGGGGUCCACUCUAUACCCUGGAUGUACUUGAAAUAGUUAGUUAUGCAUACAGAGGCCAGAGCCAGCACAGAAAACUUCUGAACUUGAGACUUUCCAUGAUGAAGGAAGAGUUAUCUUAGUGUGGGAGCUGCCUUUCCUGUCUGGGAUCACCUCCUGAGCUGACAGGGAGGGAUCUGGCCACUUCCCAAGCCCUGCAUCUCACAGACUUUAAGUCACAACCUGUAAUACUCCACGCAUCUACAGGAGUGACCAGUUAGAGGCCAGAACCAUUCCCAGAUAAGUUUUGCGGUUCAACUUUUUGUACCAAACACAGGGCAAAAGAGCAGGAAGAAGGUCCAGGAAGGCUGAGCGCCCAAGAGCUGGGAAAGCAGCAUGCCAGGCAAAGCGCUCGACCCCAGUCUAAGAGCAGCGUCUAGUCCUCUGGGCUCCCAGCCCCAAACCUUCUAAACCCAGACCCUCUCGCCAGCACAGCACUCCAAAGCUGACACUUUGGCACCAUCUCUUUGCCCAAGAUCGAAAGCCUAGUAAUACAAGAAAUGCCUGUGCAAUAGAAAACAUGUUUGCACGGUCUGUGAGCCGCUAUGCCUGGUCCUGGUCGAAGCUGCUUUCUCUCCGACUAUGGUUCCCUCCAGACUAAGGUUGACCCAAAGCAAGGUUACACCACCAGUAAGGUAAGCAGUGAAAUGGAGCACAGGCAGCUAGUCCGAGUGAACUCUAGCAGGGCUCAGGCUCCAUCCUUGUCUAGAACGAACACUCGCCAACAGUCUGCUCACAGUGGACACAGCACUAGUUUCAGUACUCUUACAAGUGGGAACUUGGUAGCUGAGGCUUGGGAGACCAGAUGUCACCAUCAGAUGGAAAGGUGAGAGCACCCUGAAUAUAUAUAUUCAUGCUUCACUUGAAGAACCUAGGAUUUCUGACCAGUUUCUGUAUAUACUAAGAUUGUAUUUACAGCUUUUUUUAUGUUCUGGGCAAGCUUUCUGCCCUUCUACUUGAGCACUUUGUAUUGUCUUUUGUGAUAGCAUUGAUUGGAAAAUUUUUGCUAGUACUCUUUAUGACUUAUUUUGUAUGGGGGGGGGGGAUAAUGGAUACCAACAAAACUUUUAUGGAGUUUUUUGGAUUUUGUGUUGGCCUUCUGUGAA